AUGAACUCUGCUACCACAUACCCCGGCGUAGCCCUGCUUGACACUGUUUUCAAAGGACCCGGGCCUCGACUGUAUUUCGGGCCGCAAGCUACCGAGUAUUUCGAGCAAAGUUCGAGGUGUUCUGGCAAUGUUCUGGAGAGACUGCAUCGUGUGACUGAAGGAGAUUUUGUCCGGUUGAGGAGCUACAUGAAAGAUUUUGAUCACAAGAGCUUCUUAAAAUCAAUUUUGAAGGAGAAAGUUGAAGAGUCAGACCAGGCUUUUUUGCCCCCAAGUCUAGGAGGUCCGAAGCUCUCUAACUUGAAAGCGCAGAGGCCUCGGACACAGAAGGGGAGUUUGGAACACGUCAUACACUCGGCUGGCCCACACCCACCUCCGGAUCUGGCUAACACUGAUAUGCGCAGUUGCAGCGCAGAGUGA